GUUUACACUUCAAGCAGGUCUGUUUUCUGUAUUUCUCUGUCUGAUACGAAACCAAAACCUGCAGGAUAAAAGUCACAUUUUAUGCAACUUCAUUAAGAUCAAUAAGGCUUUUUAUUUAUAAAGAUGAGCAUAGAUGUCCUGUAAAAGUUGAAGAAACACAGAAAUUACUUUAUUGGCAAAAUUAACUAAAAGAAAAACAAAACACCCAACAGUCCAACAUCUCAUUCCUCAAGGUCGCUCUUUGCUAUCAGCUUGCAGACUUCCCUCAACACAGAUAGCAGCAGAGCCCAAACAUCAGAGUAAAUAAAGACAGUCACACAGAGAGAGCACUGCUAGGUCUGGUAAAGUGGUGUAGUCAUGGUGUCCUGUGCUGUCCUCAUCCUUGGUCCUCUCUGGAUCCAAAGUCUGACUCAGAUCUGCAGGACAGAGAAGCUACCCAGAGGUGUUGUGGUGUCCUGGUUCAGGGAGCGGGUUCUGGAAGGCCUGGGGCUGUUACAGCCUCCUUUAUUCAUUGAGCACAGCCCAAAUCAGGAAAGAACAAGACGGGAGGCGAGGCACCGGCAGGCGAGGGUCCCUCAGACCAGCAGACCUCAAAGCAGUCUGCAUCACCAUCCAUCUGAACUGAUUCUGUUUCCCAGUCCAGGUGAGAAUUUGGCAGAUCCAUCUUGUGCCAUGUCUGAUACUGAAAUGAGAGAAGACUCCAGCAGUGCCUUAUCCUACCACUUCCAGCCUUCUGCCUCCUUCCAGGACACCGUAGUCGCAUCGGCCCACUUCUGGUUCUAUGUUGGGAAAGGUGUGAACGCCUCUGCAACGCUUAUUAUUCUCACCUCAGAGCAGCAGCGUCUUCAGGCAGCACAGGCUCCUCCAAGGGGGAGCUCAGACGGAUGGACCACCUUUGAUCUGGAACAGAGUGUUCUUGCUGCUGUACCUGGGGGCCCUUUUCUGCUUCAGAUCAAGUGUUCAUCUUGUCAGAACCACAUUAACGAUCUAGAUAAGACACCUUUUCUCCAUCUCCGGCUUCAUCCCAAAGUGCCUGUUCGUUCCCCUAGAGAGGCCCCCAUCACCAUCCCUUGGUCUCCCUCUGCCCUCCUCCUCCUCCAGCGGCCCUCCCUUGAGGGGCCCCAUCAUGAUGACUGCCGAAGGGAAGAGGUUGAGAUCAGCUUUGAGGAGCUGGGGUGGGACAGCUGGAUCGUUCAUCCCAAGGUGUUGACUUUCUACUACUGCCAUGGGAACUGCUCGGCCACGGAUCGGACCGCCACCCUGUUAGGGAUCGCUCAGUGCUGCGCUCCAGUCCCCGGGGCCAUGAGGUCACUGAGGAUCACCACCACGUCCGAUGGCGGGUACUCGUUCAAAUACGAAACCCUGCCCAAUAUCAUACCAGAGCAGUGCACCUGUAUUUGACAAUGACAGGGGGGUAUUGCUGAGAGAAUGUUGGAUCAAGUUCAAAGAGUCAAUUCAACCAAAUCAUCUAGAAAGAUUAGUUAAAUGUUUUCUAUCUAAAGACACCAAGUAUACUGCAUUGAGUCGUGGACUUUGGUCUCAAAAGUUUCUACUAUUAUCCAUUCUACUGUCUGGAAAGAAAUCUACAAGAGGAAGACAAUCAGAACUAUUUGACACUCCUGGCCUUCAAGGCCUGGCCUUCCAAGUGAAAACCAAGGCACUCUGCAACAAUCUCCCUAUUUUGUCCCAUGGUGAUCGUUUCUGUUUCUCCUGGAAUCUAUA